AUAGUGGGAUUGAAGACCUCCCCCUUUUUUUGCUUUACACAAAAAAAUACUCCCCAUUGAUGAGAUGUUCUUUCACCCAAGCCUGGCAGCGACAGCAGAAGGACCUGGAGCUCCUGGUGCUGGAGACGAAACAUUGCUAGAGAGGAUAAAUGACUUUACUACUCAUACACAACUGGAUCCCUGUCAACAAUGAGGAUUAUCUCCUGCCAGUGGACUCUUGUGGCUGUAAUUGUGGUUUCACUCACUGUGGUGUUCUGCACUAAGACCAAAACUACAGCAAAACCAAAGUACCUGUAUACAAAGAAGCCAGUCCCGCAUGUCACGCCUCACAGCCCCGUCACCACCAGUGUGCCCAAGACCCUCAAGAUAGUGGUGACCCCAAAUCCGGUGAGGCCUCAGCCGCAGCCUCCACCACAGCCCACUGCGGUGAGGAACACCCACUCGAACCAAAACCUUCCACAGCACUACAGCGAAAACACUGAGCCCCCAGGUGUUAGUCCAGACAAUUACACCCUCGACUACAACGAGUGUUACUUCAACUUCUGUGAGUGCUGUCCACCAGAGCGUGGUCCCAGGGGAUUAAAGGGAGAAAGAGGCUCAGCAGGACCACCAGGUGAUAUCGGGCCAGCGGGACCUCAGGGUAUACCUGGACCACCUGGCAUGAGUGGUCCAAUGGGCUUUAAAGGAGAGAAAGGGGAUAAAGGUGAGAAAGGACACAGUGGAACAUCAGGUCCACCAGGUAUUCCAGGAAAACCAGGACAAAAAGGUGAGGCUGGCCUCAAAGGUGAAAAGGGGGAAGUAGGAUUUCAAGGUGUCAAAGGUGAACAAGGAGAAAAAGGAGAAGCUGGCCAGAAUGGAACCUCUGGUGGGAAAGGAGAACCAGGACCACAAGGGCCCGUUGGACCUCCAGGAACAGCUAUGGGGCAGGGUCCUAAAGGAGAAAAGGGGGAUAAAGGGGACUGUGGCAUAUUUGGGGAGAGAGGUCCAAAAGGUGACCGAGGGGAACCAGGUGCUCCUGGCAUUCAAGGUGCUAUGGGAAUUCCAGGAUUACACGGUAAACACGGCACCCCCGGACCCGUUGGCAUCCGAGGGGAUCCGGGACACCCUGGGCCUCCAGGAGAACCAGGGGUGUCAGGGCCCCAAGGGCCACAAGGGAUACGAGGGAUGCCCGGGCCAAAAGGGGAUAGAGGGUACCCUGGCAUGAGAGGUGAUCGCGGCUUUCGUGGAUUAAAAGGAGCAAAAGGUUCAGGAAUGCCCCAGAAACGCUCCGCGUUCAGUGUCGGUAUCUCACCAAAGAAAUCUUUUCCUCCCUCUGGCUUCCCAAUCCGCUUUGACAAAAUCUUCUACAACGAAGAAAACCACUUCAACAUGAGUUCCAACAGCUUCACAUGCGUACACCCCGGGGUUUAUGUCUUCUCCUUCCACAUCACUGUGCGUAAUCAGCCUCUGCGAGCCACACUUGUGGUGAAUGGGUCACGGAAAGUCAGGACGCGAGACUCUCUAUACGGCCAAGACAUCGACCAGGCAUCCACGCUGGUGCUGUUAAGACUGGCAUCUGGAGAUCAGGUCUGGAUGGAGACGUUCAGAGACUGGAAUGGGGUUUAUGCCAGCAGUGAGGACGACAGCAUCUUCUCCGGGUUCCUGCUGUACUCGGACAAAGCCUGAAGUAAUUCUUGUUCGCUAAACUGACAACCUCUCUCUUCUGCCGAACUGUUGCAACCUCACCACAUGGGGGAAAAACACCAGAUACUGACGGUGCUAUGCUAUAACUGUGAAUUAUUUGUCUGUAAAUUUGCUAUUAUCUCCAAACAUAUUCUCUCAUUAACAGAUUUCUAAAUAGAACGACCACUCAUGACCUCAAGAGGCAAAUAUGUCAAUGCCAUCAGUCCAGGCCUUAACAGAAAGGACAACUGUAAUCACAGGGAGUCAAGAUUUAAGUCAUAAUACAUAACACAUUGAGGGAAUUUAAUUGAUUCUCUGUUUUCUCACAAAAGUGAAAAUAUAAGAAUAUGAAACAAAACGUAGAAACAACUAAAUCUAUAAAAUGCAUCCAAUGUUUAACUUGCUUGUAAAAAACAUUAUUGCAGCAGUGUAGUCGCACGCAAAAAUAGAAAAGUCCCACUUUUAAGCCAGUUUAAUUAAUUCAGACAUUAACAAUAACUAAUUGAUUUUAAUGAAAUAAGUGGAGGCAAAGAACCUUUUACCUCCCCUGCUGUCAACACUGUAUACAGCUUAAUUUUGUCAAGAACAACACUUAUCCGUCUCCUUGGUCACUGCACAUGGCUGUAACACACCAAGAGAGGAAAAUUUGACCAAACUAUGUCCAAUAUAUCCACAAACUAAUACAUGACAGAAGAAAUACAGAGCUUUGCAAAAGUCUUCAUAAACUUCUUGAACAUUUACACUACAUUGCCAGGUUCAUACGAUAUUUAGACCAACACAAAGUAGUGCCUCCUGCUAAAUUUCUUAUGUGAAUUUAGAGCUGGACUUUGACUAGGCCAUUUCCACACUUGAACGUGCUUUUAUGUAAUUCACAGCCUUAAGCCUUAUUUGGUUUGUCUCUACAAGAUUUCCACACCUGGUUCUGAUUGCGCCAUCGCUGCAGAUUCUCUCAAGGUCCAUCUGAUUGGAUGAGCAGUGUUUUAGGCAAAGAUUUUGUGGCCUUUCCACUGACAAUGACAUGCAAUAACAUUUUAACCAGGCAAAGGCUGGGGGACUCAGGAACAUUCCCAGAUUGCCCCUGAAGCAACUUCUAGACUGUAGACUUUGGGUCAAUGACGUCUUAGAAUAUGAAUUGCCUUAGUUUUAACCCUGGGCAAAAGGGCUUUUUUUGAGGAUAUCUCUAUACUUGGCUGUUGUUAUCUAUCCUUAAUACUAGUUUCUGCCACACACACAAAAA